AGAAAUUAUAUUAUGAAGAGGCUAUUCAAAUUUAGUUACUGUAAUUUGGUCAUCUGAAAUGCUUUUGGCUAUUAUUACAGUUUCUAAUAGUGAAGGUUGAAUGUUUUUCAAGAAUUAUUGCUUCAGCAUAUUUUCGACCUCAAACGUGUAAGCUGGCUUUGUUGUACAAUAAUGAAAGUACAAGUAGUUGUUAUCAUUGAACACUUAUAACCUAGAAUAUGGCGUUCACAUUUUUCAAAUAACAAUGUAUUAUAAGUUGACAUUCUGAGUCACAAUUUUGCUCUUUGGGUGAUGUUUUGUGAUUUCUAGUUCCGUGUCAGUUUAACUUAGGUUAAGAAAAAGUCUGGUUAUUUUUACGCACAACCUAAAAAAUAAAGAUCUAAAUUUUCCAGAUUCAACUGGAACUUAAUAAAACCCUUUAUUUGAACAAAUCUGUAUUGUAAUACUUAUAGUCUGCUUCAAGAAAAAUCCUUUGUGAGUAUUUUAAAAGUAAACCCAGUGACUCGGUGCACGGAUACGAGAAAGCAAUUUGUGAAAUACAAAGAUUGAUAUACUGAUAAUAUUUUUUCUACAUUCCCAGCGAUAUCCAAAUAGAUUAGCUUUCCAUAUUCACUCCCAUUUUUGUUACUGUCAGCCAAUGUCACAGAUGUAUAAACAGAGAUGAAUCUUUGAUGGAUGAACCACCACCUCCAAAGAUAGGUGAACUUGGCCCUUCAGGAAAGCCCAAAUUAGAAGGUGAUGAAUUAAUUGCCCUGAAGAAAGUAUUAAGGGAAAAAACAACAAGAAUAAAAAAUCAGCCCAAUUUCAAGUUGAGGGAAUUAGGUGUAAAUGCCAGUUUAACCACUAACAUCAAUGAUAGAGUACCAAUGUUUCUGUCUGAUCUGCAGCAUUUGAUUAUGUACUCACAGAUUGGGGUACAUUCGCCAUAUUCACCAGCUAGGUGGUGUGCUCUUGAUAAAUAUAACAGACUAACCAACACAAACUUGCUGGUGAUAGAAAACGUGUCGCUCUACGACUUCCUUAAUCAUGAAAGUUUAUUACCAUUUCUAAGCUCUACUUUCGACCAUAAAUUGGAAAUGAUCACACCUGCAUCAUACAAAAGUGACAUUGUUAAGGAUUUAUCUAUGGUCCCACUAACAGCACUUAUAAAAUGGUCCAAGACACUGUGAGAUGUUAACGCAUGAAAAUGAUCGAAAUAUAUCUCGACCACAAAUAUGCUUAUUCAAAUUAACCUCAUUGCAUGUGUAUUUAUUCGAAUGAAAUUAAAAAAGAGUGCAGGAGGGUGCAUUCUAAAUUAUCUACGACCCUUGAAACUGAUUCUAACGGAAUAAUGAGCUCUCAAAUGAAAAAGUUCAUCAAUAGUUUUGGUACAUUAGAAGAAGCAGUCCUUCAAAGCGACGAAUUGUUCGACACAGUGAAGAACUUCUUUCCAAUGGAAGAAGAUGUCUCUGAAUCGAUAUGUCUCGACUCCAAACUUCCGGCUUCGGACAAGUUUCCAAGGACGCAGCUGCUGCUUUCUGGAUGGCAGAUGGUGGAAGAAAAUUUUCCCCUCCCUAUACAAGGGCUGGUAGAAAGAAAGUAUGCUGGAUAUCGUUUGACUAAAGACAAAUAUAAAGAUGUUACACCUUUCAGUCCUAUGUUUGCGAUUGAUUGUGAAAUGUGCAAGACUUCCACAGGUGAAUUGGAACUUACGCGAGUAUCUGUAGUUGAUGAAAACCUCAAAGUAUUUUACGACACUCUAGUAAAACCCGACAAUGAAAUCGUGGACUAUUUGACGAAGUGGUCUGGAAUUAAUAAGAAAAUGAUGAGGAACGUAACGACAAAGCUGAAAAAUGUACAAGAAGAAUUGAAAAAAUUAUUACCGCAAGACGCUAUAUUAGUAGGACAAUCUUUGGCGAAUGAUCUUCAUGCUUUGAAAAUGAUGCAUCCUUAUAUCAUUGACACAAGCGUUGUUUAUAACUUAACGGGUGAUCGGUCAAGAAAAACAAAACUUCAAACUUUAGCAAGGGAGCUUUUAAAGGAGAAGAUUCAAACGGGCCAUCAGGGGCAUUGUUCAACUGAGGACAGUUUGGCGUGUAUGAAAUUGGUACAGUUGAGACUAACUAAACAUCUGUAUUAUGGAGAUGCAGUUAUGAACAAUGUCUAUUCAGAGCUAAGGGCGUAUCCAGACAUGGGAACCUCCCACUACGCCACUAGCAUGUUGCGACAAUGCGUGAAGGUCGAUAAAAGAGUUAAUGUGAUCGCAUUGGAUGACAUCGGUCAACGAUACAAAUUUUAUGUGAAUAAAGGGGAGGAGGUGACAGACGUCACGAACGUUACUUGUAUACAAGAAAAGUCGAACAAAGAGGUAAUCAAGAGGUUCUGCGACUCGAUGAUCAACUUCAGCUUGAAUAUCGCUCAUAUUAGGAUUGCUGAUGGGCAACUCGAAGGUACAAAUCCGAAAAUUUUGAAGAACAUCGACAUGUGGGUAAAGGAAAUAUAUGAGAGAUCAAGCAUGUCCAGUCUAGUUAUAGUUCUAUUCGGAGGACAAAAACAUGGUAAUGGCACUUGUUUCAUAAAACUUAAAAGGGAACUUGUUUGAUAUAUUUGUAAGAAUUCAUAAUACAAUUAUUUCCAUCUGUUGUCUCUGUUUUUAUAUAUACAUAUGAUUAC